AGCGAGUCUGACUGUCUGAAAACGGAGCCAAACAGCUUAGCCAUAUACGCCAUUUGUUGUAUUGAGUGGAUUGAGCCAAGCCAAGAGUGGAUUGUUGCGGGAAGAAAACACACAACUGUUGUUCUAUUUUUGUUUACAACUUUUCUUCUUAUUUUCCCUUCCGUCGUCGUCGUUUUCGUAUUACUGCUCCGGGUGUUGUGUUUUGUUGUGUACGGGUGUUGCGGGUACUGUGUAGUGCUAGUGUACCGACUGACUGACUGACUGUGCUCUGGCUGAUGUGUGGUGAUGUUGCCUGGCUGCCUGCUGCUGCAGUGUGAGUUUAGUUCGGUUCAGUUCAGUUCAGUUCAGUCAAUUCAGAGCCAGGCAGGCAGGUUCCAUUCCGCAAAACAGAGGGAUAGAGUACGGGUUGUGUUUUCUUGGCCAAUUAGUACGCGCCAGAAGUUACGCGAGGAAACACUCUUUACACUGCUGAUUCAGGGAGGAGAGCUCGGGAAGCUAUUAAAACUAAAUAAAACGGCUUAGCCAGCAGCAGCAGAACAGCUUAUUUUGGCAUUUCGCACCCUUCGUCUUAUUCUUGAACUAGUGCAGAAAAAACAGGAAGUUCGGUCCAUAUCCACGCGUUGUGUUCUCGAGGGAUUCGUUCAAAUAGUGUGCUAAGACGCAAGAAGACGUGGUUUCGUUUGGCGUGAAGCGUAGUUAGAUGAUAUUUGGAUCAGCCCCCCUCCUCGCGUUCAAAUUGACAAGCCACAAGGCUUAUCGAUCUGUGCAAAAUUGCAAGGGUGCUGUUGACAAGUGAAUGUAGAGCACGACGUCACUCGGAAAUUGGUGUAAAGUGGUGGCUUUAGCUUGGCCUCAAAGGGUACAGAAAAAAGUGCACACAUAAUUUCGAGGUGCGUAAUUUGCGGUUUCGACAACAAUAGUCUAGUAAUUCUGUGUGGCGUCUCGCGAGUCCAUUGCCACAAAUGGGAAACCGUUGUUUCCUACAAAGAAGGAAGUGAAGGAAAAGAACGGAACCAGUCGAUUCCAUUUGGUUGGGGCUAAAGAGGCCAUACAACAAGAAAGCAGCGCUGCUGUUUGCUAUCCAAGAGGAAUUGGAGGCGCGAUUGGAAAUAGCGAGCGGGGAUGCACUGUUUGUGAUAUCCCUCGAGAAAUAAAACUAAACCGGCAGCAAACCUCACUAAAAGUCUAGUGUAGUGAUAAGCAGCCAUUCAGCAACAAUCAAUCAGCCCGCCUACUGCGUUGUUGUUUUAGGGGCAUUCAGUUAUAAGUAAAUUCAAAUCAAAAGUCGACAAAUUUACUUAAACAGCAGAGCAGAAAAACUGCCGUUCGAGUAUAACAGCAGUUCCGAAAAUUAUCUGUAGUGAAUCCUUGUCAGACAGAACAUUUCCUAUGAUCGUGUAGAAAAUUUGGUGCAUCGUUCCUGAACAAUCUGACGGGUAGAAGCGUUCCCAACCCACCCACGCGAGCUCCGAGAUCAAGGCCUUGAAGUUGCGGCGCCACGGAAGUUGGGCCUUUGAGAUACGGAUGCACAUAUCCCUGUUCAAUCUGCUGUUCGAAGUAAAGAACGAUUCGAUUUCCGUCACUAAUUUAGGUCUAAGCUAACAAAUAGUCUUACUAACACCGGUGUAAUAGUUGCCUAAAUCGGAAUCGGACCCAAAGGUGGAUCAAAGGCGGGCAUCUUUUGGAUCUCUUCCGCAUCAUUUUCAUUUACUAACAACAACAAAAACAGAACAUAAGUAAACGAAACUAACAAACAGAAGUUACACGCCGCUUAUUUUUGCUUUGAGAGUCAAACGGCUCUACCGAAAGUCGCCAAAUUCACUACCCAUCUAGUUUUAAGCACCACCUUCGGCCUGGACUCAAGUCGAGAUCACGAUCCAACCCAGGAAGCGGCCAACGAAGGGCACGCAAACGGGCAACAAUCAUCAAACUCGUCAUCAUCGACCGGAAGUGGGGGCAAUAUGGUGAAAACGUUCCAAGCCUAUCUACCGCCAACCAACCGGACGUAUUCCUGUGUCCACUGCCGGGCACAUCUAGCUAGUCACGAUGAGCUUAUAUCGAAAUCGUUCCAGGGCAGCCAGGGCCGGGCGUAUCUGUUCAAUUCGGUCGUCAACGUCGCUUGCGGCCAAGCGGAGGAGCGGGUCCUUCUUACUGGUCUACAUGCCGUAGCAGACAUCUACUGCGAAUGCUGCAAAACGCCUCUCGGAUGGAAAUACGAACACGCUUUCGAAUCUAGCCAGAAAUACAAGGAAGGAAAGUACAUAAUAGAGCUAGCUCACAUGAUCAAGGAAAAUGGCUGGGAUUGAUCGACGAGCGUGGAAUAAUCGUUUAAUUUUAAUUCAAUUGAGUUAGACUAAAUCCUUGGAAUCAAGAGAAGGAAAAAUGGACGGUCAUUGGUCGUCCGAAAAAGGGCACAUUUUCAGCAUACGAAUCCGAGACUUUUUUCCUGCUCGUUGUGUAUGUGUCCUUGUUCUCAAGAUUCCUCUCUUGGUUGUCCAAAUCGUCAUCGAUUCUCAACCUGUCUCACUGUCCAGCAUAUUAGUAUGUGUAAUCUGUAGUCAUUUCCUGUCCACAGGCCGGAAGCUUGGCCAGAGCUCCGGAUCUUGUUUGUGGAUCGACGAUAUAGAAAGUGUAAAACGUGUUCAUUUCCUCCGUAUGAUUUUCGGUUCAUCGUACGGCGUCGUCAUUUAAUCACGCAUAUCUCCUGUAAUCAUUUGGAUUUUUUUUUUAAUUUUUAACCAUCAAUCAUUCUGGAGAUCCAUUCUUACCUUUGACUUUACCUGCGAUAACCACGUACACAAAAAUGAAAAAAUUACAUCUUAGUUUGUAUUAUGAUCCCUCUAGAGUAGAAACGGAGAUAAGAGAACAUUUACUUUCCCCAUUAAGCUAGUAAGCGCGAACGAGCGAAAGCGAGAAAGGUUGAGAGAGCUAGAAGAAGAUUAACACUACUGUGCGUGAUAAGAGAUCGGAAACAGAAACGAACGAAGAAAAGCAAGAACGAGUAAACGAAUGAGCAAGAGCGGGGAACGAGAACAAAAAUUGGAUUGAAAUUUACAUUAAAAAUGAGUCGGUCUAGUAACACUAGCAGACAGACAGAGAGUGUGCGGGGCUGGACGAAUGCGUUUGGGACUUUUCCAACCGGAUUCGCCCGACCGAACAUACGAAACGCACCGUGUGAUAAAUGUCAGUGGCAAAAAUCAAUUGCGAUCGGCGUAUGAAACGAAAUAAUGAAGGGAAAACGCCAGAGCGAGAGAGAAUAUGCGAGAGUGAUAUUAGUUUUACGAAUGUUUCAAGUGAGAUAACAUUUAUAAAGAAUCGUAUUUUAGUCGAAAUAUACACGUCUAAGAAUCUAGUUUUAGUUCUGCGAGAAAAAAAGGAAAAAAAAUUACAAAAAAAAAACAAACAAGACAGACACUUAUGGUUUUAUAAAUCAGAAGUUAGAGAAUUGUCUAGUUAUCGAUAAAUGCAAGCCUGUGUACAGCAAUUGUCUGUCACCCGAACAAGUACUGUUAAUUUCAGAAUUAAUUUCUCUUCUUUUUUGGAUAGCGAAUGUGAUCAACAAACAUUACAAUUAUAAUGUAUUUUUUUUAAAUAAACAAUUAAUUUUACCACAUGA